GCCUAGAGACAGCCAUGGUCGAAGGAACUCUUGUACACACAUGAAAGGCAGUGGCUAUGAGUUUGCCAGAAUCACAGUAGCCUCUCAAAUGGUAGCAUGUGGAAAAUGCACAUUUUUAGAAAUUUUGUCUCAUAGCAAACUUGAUGGAUUAUUCAUUAUAGUAUAUUCGUUUCUUUUAUUCAUAUGCUCUAAAAUUGUUCUUCAUCAAAGGAAUCUAAAUAUCAACCAGCUAGAUCAAAAGAAAAGAAGCUUUCAUUUUACACUGUAGCAUUCAACAGAGUGACCAUUCCUAAUGGCAGAUCCAAUCGUGGACCAGAUGACCAGGUUGAAACUUAAGCUUCUGGAAAAGAAGUUAGAGAAUGAACGAGAGAAUGCAGAUGAGAGAUCAGAAACGGCAUACUCUACUUCAAGAAGUUAUGAUGGUCAUGAGGAUGCACUUCACAGUGCUUUAAGAAGAAAGAGGGAUCUCCUUCAAAAGCUGCGGGAGCAACAUAUGCUGGAUGAGCUAAGCCGACCUCAUACUUGGGGAGGAACCCGAAAAAAAUACCACCAGCAAGAUCUGCCUCCUGUACAAUUCUACCAAAUCCCAGCUCCACCACCUCCACCUCCCCCACCACCUCCUGAACCCCCUCGGAUCAUACAACACACGAUGCCACAGCAGCCAGCAACCAUCAUCCAACAGCUGCCACAGCAGCAGCCUUUGAUUGCACAGAUUCCUCCUCCACAGCCUUUGCCACCAAUCAGAUCUGGCAGCAUCAAGGAAGAUAUGGUAGAGAUGAUGCUCAUGCAGAAUGCCCAGAUGCAUCAAAUUAUAAUGCAGAACAUGAUGCUGAAAGCCUUACCACCAAUGGCAUUCACUCCACCAGGCAGCUGUGGGAAUCCUGCUCCCUCAUCUCCUCAGCCAAGACCAGAUAACAACUUUGUUGCACCUAUUGUAGUAAAGUCAGACAGACCCCGGGCAUCAUCAGUCCAUCACCAUCAUCAUUACACUCCCCCAGCUCUUCAAGGACCACCUCUUCCUAACCAGCUUCCACCCAUUGGUUAUCCAAUGUGGCCACCAGGAAUGUCUUCAAAUCCCCUUGGACAAGCAGGAGGUUUUCCACCCUCGCUGCCUCAUAUGAAUGGUCCAGUCACACUCCCAGCCUUAUACACAAUGCCAAUGGAUGGGUACCACUAUAAAGUUCCACAAGGAUUAUAAAAUUGCUUAUUGAUUGUCGCUUUUAUCCAAAAAGACAACAUUGGAAAGGAAAAGUUUUGGAAUCUGCUGCUCUACCUCACAUUUUAUAAUGAAAACCAUUGUAUUAUAAAAUUAACAUAUACAGUUGUGAUCGUCUUAACGCUAAACUUCAGGAGUAAUUUACUUGAUUUGUGAAGAAGAUUAUGAUCAUAAACUCCUUGGAAUAUCUUGUGCCAAAUUAACUGUUUGAUCUCUAUCUUUAUAGAAAGGAAAGUAAUAAAUCUACACUAUAAAAUCAAAGUAGAUUUAGCAGCAUUUGCUCAGAUUUUAAUUGUACUGUAAAGCCAGUAAUUAGCUACAAAUAUUUAAUUUUUUUUAAUGUGUAAAUAAAAUUUUGUUAAAGCAAUGUUUUAUACUUUUGUUGCACCGA